AGACAUUAAAAAUGUUCCAAAAUUUAAUGAAAGCUUCGAAAGUGUUACCUUUUCAGUUCGAGACAAGUAGCGCUGACCCAUUUGGCACCUUUAUCUUAUCUCAACUGAAAACCAGAUUCCCCGCCAAUCGGAUCACAGACAACUCCGGCGGCGGCCAAAAACCGGAGUUCCACGUUCUUUCAACCCCUUAAAACAACGCUCCUUCUUCUUCUCUCCGACCCUCAUCAACAUUCAAUCCCAGGUUCAAUCAGUUGAGCUUGUAAGAGGGUUUGAGGAAAAUGUACCCUGGUGGUUACACUGCUGAAGUUACGAGCUUAUCCGCUAAAGCUACUGAGAAGGAUGUUUUCGAUUUCUUCAGUCACUGUGGUGCAGUUGAGCAUGUUGAAAUCAUGAGAUCUGGCGAAUAUACCUGUGCUGCAUAUGUGACAUUCAGAGAUGCUUAUGCUCUUGAAACUGCUAUUUUGCUCAGUGGAGCCAGGAUUGUAGAUCAAUGUGUAUGCAUAGCACGCUGGGGAAAUUAUGUUGAUGAGGUUGAUUCUUGGCACAGUCCCGCAUACAACUCUGAAAACCACAGUAGCUCAACGGCUAUUCACACAAGCCAGUUCGUUUCUAGCCCUGGAGAGGCAGUAACUGUUGCUCAGGAAGUUGUCAAAACAUUGGUAGCCAAGGGAUAUGUUCUGGGACAAGAUGCAUUAGUCAAGGCGAAAGCUCUUGAUGAGUCCUAUCAAGUAUCAGCUACUGCAGCAGCCAAGGUUUAUGAGCUUAGCGAUCGAAUAGGGCUCACUGAGAGAAUUCAAGAAGGCAGGGAAGUUGUUAAGUCACUAGACGAGAACUUCCAUGUUUCAGAUAUCACCAAAUCGGCUGCAACUGCUACCGGAACGGCAGUAGUGGUAGCAGCAACAGUUACUGGGAGAGCAGCCUUAGCAGCAGGAAGCGCUGUAGUGAACAGCAGCUACUUUGCCAAGGGAGCUCUUUGGGUUUCGGACAUGUUGACUCGUGCAGGCAAAGCUGCAGCUGAUUUGGGCAGUCAUGACAGUAAAUAAGGAACACCAUUUCUCUAGUAUGUUCAUCUGUAUCAAUCAAUUUCUUUACAAAAGAAUAACAAUCUGCUAAAUGCAAGCCUAGUAUAUAGAGAUUGUCUCUCUAAAUCCUCUAUCUGAAUAUUUGUGCAUCAAAAACAAUGUUGAAAAUUUUGUAAAAAUUGUUGAAUGAAAACAGAGGUCAGUCUAAAUUGUCUUGA